CACCCGGGUCCUACUCAGUCCGCAGGAUGUGCUUCUUGUUCGAAUCUCUGUGCGCGGACCUUCUCCUCGUGGUCCUAACACUCCUCUUCGUCUUGUACAGGUUCUCGACGUCCACCUAUGGCUACUGGGCAGAACGGCAAGUUCCCUUCGUACCUCCUGUACCACUCUUCGGGAACUCGCUCACGACAGCCCUCGGGAUCCAUCCACUCGUCACGAAGCAGAAGAUGAAUUAUGAAUUCUUUGGUAACAACAGGUAUGGAGGUACAUAUGCUUUCCGAAGGCCGACAUUCUUCAUCAAAGAUCCCGAACUUGUCGAACAGGUUCUAAUAAAAGAUUUCUCGACAUUCUACAAUCGAGGAUUGAAAGUAGACACAAAAUUAGAUCCUCUAUCAAAUCACCUCGUGAACUUGGAGGAUUCCCGGUGGAAGAACCUGAGAAACAAGCUGACUCCAGCAUUCAGUUCAAGUAAGAUGAAGAUCAUCCAUGAGCAGUUAUUAGAAUGCUCUGAUCAAUUGGUUGAGUGCUUAUCAGUCUACGAACAGACAGGACAACCUUUCGACACAAAAGCUAUCAUGGCUAAAUUCACAGUAUUCGUUAUUGGAUCCAUUGCAUUCGGUCUGUCAUUGAGUACUCUCACUGACCCAGAAUGUGAGUUCUGCAAAAUGGGAGAUAAAAUGUUCAAACCUACUUUCAAGGGAAGGCUGCGAUUUGCACUGCGUAGCCAGUUCCCAACGCUGAUGCGUCUCUUCAACUGGAAGGGAUUGUCAAAGGAAACUGAAAAUUUUUUUUUCAAUUUGGUUAAAAGCACAGUUGAUUACCGAGAAAAGAAUAACAUCCAACGCAAUGAUUUUCUUCAGAUUUUAAUGGAACUUAGGAAGCAAGAUCAACAAAACAAUGGAAAGGAUGACAUGAAAUUUGAUGAAGAAUUGAUGACAGCCAAUGCAUUCGUCUUUUUCUUGGCUGGGUAUGACACCACUGCUACUACCAUCAGUUUUAUGCUAUUUGAGCUAGCACAAAAUAGUGAAAUACAGGAACAAGCAUACAAUGAGAUACAAGAGAAAAUAAAAAAAUAUAAUGGUGUUCCUACUUACGAAGCAGUUAAAGAAAUGACGUUCCUUGACAAAGUAUUAUCAGAAACUUUACGAAGGUAUCCACCAGCUUCAGCAAUCGUACGACAAGCCAGGUCACCCUAUCAAGUUCCUGAUAGUUCUUUAGUACUACCAAAGGGGUCAAUGGUUUAUAUUCCUAUCUACUCUCUCCAACACGAUCCUAAAUAUUAUACUGAUCCAGAAAAAUUUGAUCCUAGUAGGUUCGAUGAUGAAAGUAGAAUAGUAAAAGGAACAUACCUUCCAUUUGGAGAUGGACCAAGGAUCUGCAUAGGACAGAGACUAGCUAAAGUUGAAGUUAAAGUUGCAGUAAUAAAAAUUUUGAUGAGAUAUAAAAUUUCAGUCAAUGAUAAAACCAUAAGGCCACUGAAGUAUCAUCCCAAGACUUUGUUUUUGACACCUAUUGGAGGAUUAUGGCUUAAUCUUACACGAAGGAUUUGAAAUAAUCCUCUUUUUAAUAUAUAUAUGCUUUACCAAAGAAAAGAAAAAUGUAAAUGACUGUAAACUAAAAUAAUGUUACAAUUGAAAUAACAUAAUUUUACAUGUAAAUUGUGUAUAAUAAAUUAAGUAUUAUUUUGAUAUUAUUCAUAAUUUUUAUAAUUGUAGUGUGUUAUGUAAAUUUUGUUUCUAAAUAAAUUUUUUUAAAAUAAAUAACGAUUUAUUCUUAAU